GAAAAGCAGAAUAAAUGCCUGAUUUUUUUCCUUUAUCAAUUUUCAGACCAAUGAGUUUGUUCUCUAACAAGUCCCAAUGUAAUCAAUGAUUUUCUUUUGUUUUUAAAAUACCAUUAUGAAUUCUUAGAUUUUAAAGUAUUUUAAUGUGUUUCAGUUCACUCUAGGUUAUUCAUUCUUUCUGAUCCUCAAAUUUUCCCAUUUUAGGACCAGUGGGAGCCCCUAGAAGGGGGCUUCUGUGUCCUUUUGACGUGAUAUCAUUGGUUUUUGAUAACUUCCAUGUCUCUAGCUAAGAUAUCCUACGCUCAUCUUGUACAUUUACUGCCCCAAACCUGGAAUCACCUAUUACCCCUUUCCACUUUUUACACAGGAAACUGUCUUGUGCCUCCCACCUUCACCAUGGUAGAUCUCAGAAUGUUUUUGUUUCCAUGACACACUAAUUCUGCAAUUAGAAGUUCUAAAGAUGCAUCAUAAGGAACUUAAUCCCAAAUGGUUACCUUCUCCCUUUUCUAUUUCUCUUCCAAGCCCAUGGCUGAAAGGUUGUUGGUAAGAGCAUUGAAGGGUGGGAAAAGCACUAAGAUUGUUACCCUGAAUGGCAAGAAGAUGACAAAGAUGCCCUCCACAUUAGAAAAACUGCCUGGCCUGAAGACUCUAGACCUUCAGAAUAACCUAAUCCCCAAAGUGUGCCCAGAGAUAACCACCUUGACCCAGUUGACCUCACUAAAUCUGGGAAACAAUCUUUUAGAAGAAGUUCCAGAAGAGAUGAAAUACCUUACAUCCCUCAGGAAGCUCCAUUUAUUUGGAAAUAGGAUUCGUAGAUUUGCAGCUGGUGUGUGUGAUGGCUUACAAAAUUUGAUCCUGCUUAAUCUGAACAACAAUCAGCUUACGUGGAUUCCUCCAGAAAUCAGCAGAUUAAGAAGUGUUACACGUUUGAGUAUUAGUCAUAACCAGCUAGCCAGCAUUCCUAGAGAACUUUGUUUCCUUGAGAAUCUUUCUGAGCUUCAGCUUAACUACAAUCAGCUCAUUUGCAUACCUGAAGAGAUUAAAUUCCUGAAGAAGCUCCAGAAGCUUCUUCUGGUCAGGAACAACAUUGAAGUUUUGCCAGAGGGACUAUGUGAUCUUAUAACCCUAAAAAGCCUAGACAUAGCUGGAAAUAUUAUUCAGAUAUCCCAUCAAGAGUAAUAUCCAAAAGGUUUUCAGAAUCUGAAGCUGAGGGAACUCUACUGUGAGGAAAACCCGCUGUUGCUGAGGCAGCCAGUGAAGGCUGUAGGACAGGAGAACGUCUGGACUCUGCAGGAAAUAACAUCAAGAUUUAUAAUGAAUCAGCUAGCAGAAAAGAAUCUUUUCCUAAUGCAAGCCAUAGAAUGGUACCCACAGGUCAGGAACAUGAUCUCUCAGGGAAGAAAAUGUGCAAUAUGUGGAAAGUCCUUUUUAACAGUAUGGCUGGAAUGUGUUGAAUUUGUUCCUCCAUCAAAGAACUGGAAGAUAAGCAGAAAUCCACUGGUACCUCUUCGAAUAUUAAUUUGUUCUUACAAAUGUUUUAAUCAGCGUGGCCCUAACCUCUUUGGAAUUGCUCAAGUGUAGAGUAGGUGAGAGGCUCAUUUAGAGCCUCAUACGACUUGUCCUGUCAGCUCUGCACACAGUCAAAUUACGCCCUACUUAUAAUACCAUGCUGUGUUUCUUCUGUUUAUCAAU